AUGUGUGCAAGCAACUCCAAUGUCCAGUCGGAAUGUGUAGAAUGUGAAACAAAAAGUGAAUGUGAGGAAUGCUACGACUGUUGUUGCGAUACGUAUGUCGGAGUCGUAUCGACAGAUAUUAUACCAGGAACACGAUGUUCUGCCAAAACUGUUCAUGGCGUGGCAGUGACAAGAUGUUGGAAUACUGUGGUUUCGUCAUUCGAAAGUGCUGAAGUAGAACCAGUGCGCUUGUUGUGUCCUCAACAUCAGUAUUUAUUCUCAAAACACUCUAUAUGCCUUUUCUGCAACUGUUUCUCGAAUACAGAUCGCUUUGGACAAGGAUGGCUGGCUAACUGUAGCACAUCUCCUGCACACCUGACACAUCUUCGUUGUGCAGUGCGUAACUCUGGCGUACUGUUUCUGUCGUGUUCGCAUUGUAAUCAUCCGUGUCUUCCAUCUUUUGAUAUUACUGCUACCCUGGAACAACCUAUUAGUUCCAUUCUAUUUGAAAUAAACAAGGAACCUGUAGUCUCUUGUCUAUUGCGAAUUUCUAAUGAACUUGUUCAAUACUAUCAGGAUAAAAAAGAACCUCGCAGAAUUCUUUGUGCCAUCACAUCAAACCUUGUCAAUAACCGCGGCUUGCAGUCGUAUUUUGCGGAUCUGCUGUUGAUAUUAAGCCAAAAGAAGGAUUUUGAAGUUUUACGUCAACUGAUUCGCUUUUUAAUACAUUGCUAUGAACCUCUAUCUACUGUGUGGUCGGAAGGAGAACUUUUAAUGACAGUUUUGGUAUCCAGUGAAAUCGAGAUCGUGACAGUUUUACGGGAAGCUGGUUGUCCUGUAUUGCCUAAACAUCUGGAUGAAAUGAUCGUAUGCUAUACUCCAACUUUAUUCGAUGCCCUUAUGAUUGAACCGGAGUACGCUUCGACGCUCAUAAAUGAAGAUUUGGUUUCUAAACUCGUUGCGGAGAAGUCCUGGAGCUAUCUGUUAAGAUUACUUCAACAUUUCAACUAUACGGUAGGUGCAGGGAAACAUUCGUUGCUUAUGAAUGAAAAUGCUGUGGAAGAGCUAUGCAAAGAAGCACCGGAAUCUGUUCAGUUUGCAAUGCGACGAACCAGCCAAAUGUCCAGAGCGAUGCUGAUUUCUCAGGGAAAAAAGGUUAUACAUGAAGAUCUUUCAAAUGGUUCGGAACGUUUCCCGGUACGUGUCGUAAACGAUGUUGAUACAGCUAAAAUGAUUGAUUUUGUUUAUACAACAAGAAUAGUGGAUCGUAAUGGAGUGCUGGCAUCAAGAAGGAAUACGGUAGUAACGUUCUGUUGCUGUAGCGGUAUGUGUACGACGGGUUGUGAAUGCAGCAGUGGGAUCUACGAUGAGUACGGGUUUGCCAAGGAAUCUUCGCUAGAAUGGCCGUUCGUAGAGUGCAGCGCGGCCUGUACGUGCAGCCUUCAGUGCGGGAAUCGUGUCGCUCAAAAAGGAGCUACGUAUCCUACCGAGGUGUUUCGUACAUGUGAUGGUAGAGGUUGGGCAGUGAGGGCAUUAAGAAACAUCCGUAAAGGAGCAUUCAUCGGCGAAUACACCGGAGAAUUACUAAGUGAUGCAGAAACUGCAAGACCAGAACGCACGGACACAUAUUUCUUUGAGACAAGAGUGGGUGAACGGUUAUUUACCGUCGACGCUCGUUUAUAUGGCAACUUUACACGAUUUAUAAAUCAUAGUUGCAGGCCGAAUGCUACUGUUGGUAUGGUUGUUUGGGAGGCUCAACUCGAACAAUUAAAUCAUAUCUGCAUAUUUGCCACAGAAAAUAUACCUAAAGGAAAAGAAAUCACUAUAUCCUAUGGGCAAUCGUGGUGGGACGCUAAGCUGCCUCAAUUUUCGUGCCGGUGUGGUCAUGCAAAUUGCGAAUAUUCGGAAGACCGAAGGAAAACUGAACUACAACGGCUGGCCGCUGAAAUGACAGCAGAAUUACAAGCGAGGUACCAGAAAAUUGCCGAUUUCGGGAUUUCUCCUGGAAAAGGGUGCUCCGGCAGCCGCUUCUUUUUCUUUCUCUAUGUCUGUUCCAUGAAAAUGAGUAGCAAGAAAUGGACCGGUUAA